CAAGAGGCAAAAUGCGACUCUCCUACAGCACACAAUCAACAGUUAUAUUGUUAUUUUAACCGCUCAGUUACUGUUACAACUGUAUAAAACAACAAAUAUUUAGUCAUUCAUAGAGUUCAAGUUUAACUUUAUAAUCCAGGAGGACUUUUAUCGGUGUCUGUUAUCAUCCGCCAUUGUUGCAGCAUUAGCUGGGGGGACGGAAACACAAACAAAUAACUUAAAUCAUUAACAGAAUCGUUUCUGUAGUUCAUUAUCCUCUACUUCAUAUUGCUGCCUUCACCGACAUGGCUGCUAAUCCUCCAGGACAAGCCUUCCAAAAUAAGGCACGGGUGGCAAUCCUGGCCGAGCUGGAGAAGGAGAGGAGACGACUAAUGCAGAACCAGUCCAUGAACACUCCUGGAGCCAGCAUCUCGCUGUCCAGACCGAGUAUGAAGGACUUCAGGGACAAUGCAGAGCAGCAGCACAUCGCUGCCCAGCAGAAAGCCGCCCUGCAGCAUGCGCACGCACACUCAACAGGCUUCUUCAUCACUCAGGACUCCUCAUUCGGGAACCUCAUCCUCCCUGUCCUUCCACGCCUGGAGCCCGAGUCAUGACCUUUUUACUCUGGUCCUACCCCCACACACACAUCUUGCUACCCUUGAUGUGAGACAACUCUUUGAAACGACACACGUGCACACAGACUCACGUCUCUCCCGGUUUCCUCUUUUAAUUCUGAGAUUAAUGGACAUCUGUUUGUCAUGUUGUAAACCACGUCAGCUGAACAAGUGUGGAUCUAUCGUUUUCUACUUUUUUCAGACUAACAAGGUGGCUGCUGAUUAGAGGAAAAGCUUUAAAAUCACUCGGAUUAAAGAUUCAAGAUGGAUAUAAAGCAUCCUUUUAAGUGAUCCAGCGGCUUAAAACAGACUACAGAAUUCUAUCCUGCUCUGUUGCCUCAUGGCACUCUUCAUACAGCUUUCCAUAAAAUGCACAUUUUGUCAGGUUUUUACAUUUGUAAUUGAUUUGUAUUGAU